UUUCCGCUAAUUUCCGGCAGGUGGCAGCAGCGCUGGCCUUCUCGCAGACGCACUCGGUGAUUGGAGCGGCCAUCGCAUUCAUCAGUGUGUUCAUCAUCCAAGAAUCGCAAACAGAGAACAGUCACCUGUCAGUCGGCGAGGUCACGUGGGUGGUGUCGGGCCUGCCGAUUGGUCUGGUGGUCGGAAACCUGCUGUCGACGGUGCUGACACCUAUACUGGGCUACCGGCGCCUGGUUCAACUGGCCGCGCCCGUCAGCAUCUGCAGCUGGCUGACGCUGGCGCUCAGCUUCGAGUUCCCGCUGCUUCUUGUCUCCAGGGUGGUUCUCGGCGUGGCGCUCGGCGUCACUGACGGCCCGGUGAGGGCCUACAUCAGUGAGGUGACGUCCGAGCGCCUCCGGGGCCCGCUGGGCAUGCUGCCCCACAUCUGCAUCACCAUCAACAUGCUGGUGGUCUACGGCGUCAGCUCCCAGGUGAUUUUCGCGGCGGCCACCAGCGACAGUAACCCGUACUACAGUACCAUCUGGGUGGUGCUGGCCCGCCUGCUGGGCUUCUUUCUCUCCGCCUGGCUGAUCGAGCGGAUCGGCAGGGUGCGCCUUCUGCAGGCGUCAGCGGGGGUGCAGCUGUUGGGCAGCGUGCUGGUGGGUUUCUUCUUCUACUACCGCCCCUCGCUGGCGGCGCACGGCUGGCUGGUGCUGGUCGGCGCGCUCAUCAUCUUCUUCACCUACGGCGUGGGCAUAGCGCCGGUGACGUGGGUGUACUUCUCGGAGCUGACCGCCAGCGCGGUCCGCUCAGUCAGCCUCAACAUCCUGCUCGUCUGCUUCGGACUGAUGAUGUUCAGUUUCGUGCACUCGUACGUCUGGCUAGAGUCCGUGCUGGGAAUACACGGCGUGUUCUGGGCGCUGUCAGUGCUGAGCGUCGUUCAGAUCGUGUUCGCUCAGAUCUGGCUGCCCGAGACUCGUGGACUCACCCUGGAACAGAUCCAGAGCAGGUAUUUUGAAGGAGCCCAGGACGAGAGUGACAGCGAGUCAGAGAAGGCACAUGAGAUGCAGCGCGAUCCAGCUCAACAGAAUGCAGUGUGAAGCAUGAGGUCUGUGUAGAGGCGUCCUUUGCGUGUCAUCGAUCUUCGGAGGCUGCCCUUGUGCUCUGUUAGCGCUUCUCCAUAUACAUCAUAUCCGCUUAC